AUAGGAUUGAAGUGGUUUUAUAGAAAGUUUGGAGUGAUUUUAUUUGAUAUGGUGGGCUGGAUCAUAGUCUCUGAUCUGGUCAGGUGCUACUGGGAUAAAGGAUUGAGAAAGUAACGAGAAGAGUGGUUACCACUUUAAGGAACGUGAGGAAGAAGUGACAUGUCUCGUUGCUUUCCAUUUCCACCUCCAGGAUAUGAGAAGAAGAUUAGCACCGAUGAAGCAGACUCUUUGAUAAAGGAAAAGCAAAAGAAGGAGAAGAAGCACAAAAAGGAGAAGAAGGAUAAAGAAACAAGCAAAGACAAGCACAAGGAACGGAAGGAGAAAAAAGAGAAACAUAAAGAUAGGAAAGACAAAUACCGGAAUAAAGAAAAGAGCAGAACCUCAGAGGACAGAAAAGCUGCUGGUGUUCUGCCGAACACACAAGACGGAGAGAAGCUUGUAAGAGAUAACUCGCAGAGUAAUGGUAAUGGAGAGUCUAAGUUUAUACAAGACCUGGCAAGAAGGAUCAGAGAUGAAGAAGAAGCUACAGAAAGUCAAAGCGUGGGAAAGAUUAGGAAUGAUGAUGAAAGAAGAAUCAAUAAAAAUUUUGCAAUGGAGAGGAGGCCUGAAAAUGUAUCAUCUUGCAGUGGUCAGAAAGGAACCGAGGAGGUCAUGUUUAAACCAUUGGAGAAGAAAGAUCAGGCAAAGAAAAUGGAACUACAAGAGAAGAAUCACCGCAGAGGAAGUGUGAUUGUGGCUGAUAUGCCACUGGAUAGUAAGAAAACUGAACCGAAGUACACAACACAUAGAGGUAGUAAAGAGGAGGAAACAGAGGCGUUAAACAAAAUUGGUCAGGGCAAACCAAAAGAUGUAGAGGGAGGGCCCAAGUUAAAGGAGAGACAUGUAGAUACUAGUAAUUUUAGAAGGCAGGAGGACCUUUCAAGGGAUAGCAUAAAAAAUCUUAGCUCAGAGGGCAUUCUUGGCAAACGGAAAGAUCUUGAGACAAAUGGGUUCUUGCAUGAGAAUGGAUCUAGGCCUAACAAGAUGCUGAGGCCAGUUGCUUCUCCAGUAUCAUCCGUGGAAAAUGGAAGAAAGUUGGGAGAAUGCCAAACUCCUCUAAAACCUGUUACUGAGUUGCAAGGAACACUGUGUAAUCCAGAGGCCAAGGAGCAUAGAGUUAACGGUUUCAUCAAGUCUCAAGAACCCAAAAGCCAUCCAAGUAUAUCUUCUGUGAAAGCGAAGGAGAACGGUGAAGCAUCAGCGAAAAAGCGGCCUCACUCGGACUUAAAGUAUUUGGAUCAGAUACUGAAUGUACCAGAAAGGGAUGAGGUUGAUGAAACUGAAGAACAAGAGUGGCUUUUUGGUCAGUCUGGUGUGAAAGUAUUAAAGAAGCCAAAAACAGAUUCUACUACUACUGGAUUGGAUGAGACUCUGCAAGUCUGGAACCAGGCUCUUAGUAUAGAAUCUGCUGACAUUGUAGCUCUUCCUUAUGUUGUUCCAUUCUAGUUCUGAUGUUCAUUCACUUUAACCAAGGAGAAAGAUCGGUUUAGCAUUUCAAUGAGCUUGGUGCAUCUGGAAGGGAGAUGCUGAGGUAUGACUGGUUUGGCUUCAGGAGAAGAAAGAGGCUUCUGUAGUAGAACAAGUCACGUCUGAUUGUUGGAAAUGAGAUUUGAGACUUUUGAUUCAGUUUUGGUUUCCUGUGUCUAUCAUCAGAGUUGAUGGGAUUAGCAUUAAGCUGUAUAUUAGAGAGGAUAUAGCAAAAUAGAGGAGAGAUCUUCCACUAAUACAUUACAUUUUGUAGACUUUGUUUCCCCUUUUUGGGAGUCAAAACUAUUAUUCUUGGAAUCCAAACAAUUCUUCAUCUUCA